AACUCGAAGCCGACCGCAAACGCCAAGAAGAAGAAUUUCGCAAAAAAAUCUCUGAACUUAAAGAAGAACAGGCUCGCGAAUUACGGGAAAACCGAAUUAAGUUUGAAGAAGAUGUUCGGAAA